AUCCACUAAAACUGUAGAAUGUAGUGUAAACGAAGUCACAGGGGAAAUCAAACAUCUGUUUAUCAAAUGUCAAAUGCCAGCCAAACCGCGCUAAAAAAAAUAAACAAAAUAAACAUUUUUGAUUUAUUUUACCCCAAAAAUAAUAAUUAUAAAUGUUUUGAUGGAGCAAAAUAGCAUUGAAUUUAAUUCCCAAGGAAUUGUAGACUUUGAAGAACAACUGGAAAGAUUUACCGUACGCUCAAAUAAACAACAAAUUUCAGAUCGUCCAUCCACAUCUAGAAAUUUCAAAGAAGAAACCGAUGUCAUUCCACUGUUGAUAGAGGAUAUCCAUCAGCUCAAGUUACCUGACCGUAGCUUUGCUGAAGCAAUAUCUGCCUAUGGAGUUUUAUUUGGAUCAGUUUUAAUUUACGGACGAAUCUCAUCGACUGGUGCUGGUGCAAAUGGAAAAAUUCGCUACUGUCUAGACGAUGGAACCGGUCUCAUCCAAGUGAGACUAGUUAAACAGAAUGCUCUCAAAGACCUCCACCAAAUUGACCUACAAUGUUAUCGAACCUUCGGCAAUAACAAAGAACUUUACAAAAGCGUGCAAAACAUCUUGAAAACCACUCGCCAGCAGUUAUUAGAUGUCGGCUUGCUAAAGUACGGAACCAAAGCUUUACUUAUCGGUCGCCCUCAUCGACUCUACAAUGAAGUCAUCUUCAGCGUGUUCGAAAUGAUUAUAGACUCACAAAGAUCCAAUGAUUUGGAAAUAUCUGUAAAGAAUUUCCUAGUUGAUUGGUACACCACCCGUUACAAGUCCCAUCAACUCCAUGAUCCCCCUUCAUCCCAUCAAUAGAAACUAAUCUAAUUAUACGAGUUUAUACACUCUUUUUAUUUAUAUUUUGCUUCACUGUAAAUAAUAAUACAAAAAAAAAAAAUUAUUUCAUAAACCGUUUAGUUGUUUUGUUCAUUAUUUUUUUUAUAUAUAUAUAAGUUGCAUUCAUUUUGUUUAUUAAAAUUUGUAAAUUCGAUUAAAAAUUUACAUAAAUUUUACUUUAAAAUAUAUAUAGUUAACUGUCGAAACAAUUGCCCAAUGCCAACGGUUAAAAAAAACUACGAUGAU